AUGGGGCAAAGUACCAGAAAAGUCAAGCUGGAAAUUCAAGGCAAGUCAAGAGAAGUAUUGAACGGAGAACUCACAAAACAUCAGAAAACUCAUAACCAGGAGGAAACUUAUGAAUGUAACCAAUGCGGAAAAUCCUUCUGCCAAAAGUCUGCCCUCAUAGUGCAUCGACAUACACAUUACAAGAACAAAUCCUAUGAAUGUGAAAAAUGUGGGAAAUCUUUCUCUAUAAAUGAAGACCUCGUAAAACAUCAGAAAAUUCACACCAGAGAUAAAACCUAUGAAUGUAAAGAAUGUAAGAAAAUUUUCUACCACCUAUCAUCUCUUAGUAGACAUCUGAGAACCCAUGCAGGGGAGAAACCCUAUGAAUGUAAUCAGUGUGAAAAAUCUUUCUAUCAGAAACCACACCUCACAGAACAUCAGAAAACACACACAGGGGAGAAACCCUUUGAGUGUACUGAAUGUGGGAAGUUCUUCUAUGUGAAGGCAUACCUCAUGGUACAUCAGAAAACACAUACAGGGGAAAAACCUUUUGAGUGUAAGGAAUGUGGGAAAAACUUUUCUCAGAAGUCACACCUCACAGUACAUCAAAGAACACACACAGGGGAGAAACCAUAUAAAUGUAAGGAAUGUGGGAAAUUCUUUUCUAGAAAUUCACACCUCAAAACUCAUCAGAGGACUCACACAGGAGAAAAACCUUAUGAAUGUAAGGAAUGUGGUAAAUGCUUCUACCAGAAGUCAGCCCUCACAGUACAUCAGCGAACUCAUACAGGGGAAAAACCCUUUGAAUGUAAUAAAUGUGGUAAAAACUUUUACUAUAAAUCAGACCUCACUAAACAUCAAAGAAAACACACAGGAGAGAAACCCUAUGAAUGCACAGAGUGUGGUAAAUCAUUCUCUGUGAAUUCAGUCCUCAGAUUACAUCAAAGGACUCAUACAGGAGAGAAACCCUAUGAAUGCAAGGAAUGUGGGAAAUCCUUUUCUCAGAAGUCACAUUUUACCAUACAUCAGAGAAAGCACACAGGGGAGAAACCCUAUGAGUGUCAGGAGUGUGGGGAC